UGUAAUGCCGCCAGGCCACGUCUACGUGAGGCAGCUCCAUGUCUCUCUUCUAUCCAAAGCAACACAGGAUCCACUGCUGUGGACUCAGCUGUUUAGAGAUUACCUCUCUCAUGGCUUUCCAAAGGAAGCUCUCCUCAUAUACACCCGAAAUCUACCAAACAGAGCCCAUCAACGUAUCCUGCCUUUGGUCCUCAAGGCAUGCACCUCACUCUCUUUCGUCGCGCUUGGACAAUCUCUGCAUGCGGAGUCGGUCAAGUAUGGGAUAGACCAUGAGCUCCUGGUCGGGACCUCCUUGGUUUCCAUGUACUGUAAAUGCCAUCGAACGACAAACGCUAGAAGGAUGUUUGAGGAAAUGCCGGAGAAGAAUGCGGUGACCUUUAAUGCGAUGAUCAGCGGAUACUCCAUGGUUGGUGAGAUGGGCUCAGCUUUGGACCUCCUCGAUCGGAUGCCCGGAAAGACUCCGGUGACCUGGGUUGUGUUGAUUGAAGGUUUCGCGAGAAUCGGUGAUACCGUUGCCGCGAGGCGCUUGUUCGACCAGAUCACGGACCAGCUGAGGACGGUCCCGGCAUGGACUGUUAUGGUCCAUGGCUAUAUUAUUAACGGUGAGACGGAUGCAGCGAGGACGUUGUUCGACCAAAUGCCGUGCAGGAAUGCCUUCGUGUGGUCAUCGAUGAUCACAGGGUACUUCAAGAAGGGCGACGCUGCGGAGGCCCAGAGACUGUUCGAUCAAAUUCCCGUGCGGAACUUGGUGAAUUGGAAUGCGCUGAUCGCGGGUUACACCCAGAUUGGAUGCUGCGAGAAGGCAUUGGAAGCGUUCAGGCGGAUGCGGAGGGACGGUUUCGAACCUGAUGAGUUCACAAUGGCUAGCUUGCUGUCAGCUUGCGGGCAGCUGGGUUCUCUGCAACAUGGUAGAGAGAUGCACGAGCUGAUCAAUGGGCGGAGAAUCAAGAUGAAUUAUUUCGUGCUGAAUGGGCUGGUUGAUAUGUACGCAAAGUGCGGGGAUGUCGAGCGAGCAAGGAGCAUAUUCAAUGGGAUGACCAAAAGGAACGCCUCGUGCUGGAACUCCAUGAUUUCGGGCCUCGCUAGCCAUGGUCAAAGCAGAGAAGCUCUCCGGCUUUUCGCGGCAAUGGAGGAGUCGGAAGAGAAGCCCGACGCGAUCACAUUCCUCGUUCUUCUUUCCGCUUGCACGCACGCAGGAUUUGUGAAGGAAGGGCUAGAGAUCUUCGCGAAGAUGGACAAGUACGGAUUGGCCGCGGGAGUAGAGCACUACGGGUGUUUGAUCGAUCUGUUGGGGCGAGCGGGAAGGGUAGCGGAAGCUUAUGACGUGAUCCAGAAGAUGCCGAUGGCGCCGAACGAGGUGGUGUGGGGGGCAUUGCUCGGAGCUUGCAAGCUGCAUCUGGAGACCGAGGUGGCCGAUAAGGUGAUCCGCCAUGUGGGUCGCUUGAACUCGGUUGCCGGAUGCGAUGCGCAGUACGUGAUUCUAUCGAACAUUUAUGCUGCUUCAGAGAAAUGGCAAGAAGCGGAGAAGAUAAGGAGGGCAAUGCAGGAGCACGGAAUCCAGAAGUUGCCUGGUUGCAGUUCUGUUGUUGGCGGGGAAGACAAGAGAGGUUGAAAACCUAUUUUAUUAGGUUUAUCAAAUUAAUUAAUUAGCUUACCAUUAAUUACGUCUUAUGUCACUCUAAUGAGAGCAUGAAAACCGAUGUGAUUAAUCAUUAAGUUCUUAUAAUUAGGCCAAAAAAGGCAUUUAU